AUGGACUUUUUAGGGAGCUUUUUCAGACUCUCGCAUGGGGACAGUUUGAGGCAGCUGUUUGACUACCCUGUGUUUAUCUGGCAGAUUCCGUGUGGCAGCAGCUCGAUGGAUAAGAAGGGGUGCCUUGUUCUCAGUAACAGCACGGCGAAGAAUAUUCGUGCCAACUGCAACAGGCUGGAAAAGAUCUACAAGGGCCAUUACACCAUUUUCAACUUCUCGCCUCUAAUGAUGGACCUGGAAGACAACUGCCCUCACGGUGAGCUGAUGGAUUACUCCAAGCAGCCAGUGGAGGACUUUGGGCUUCUGAUAGAGCUUUGCCUUACCAUCCAGAAGUGGACGCAGGCCAACAUUGAGCAGGACCACGUUGUGGUUUUGGCCUUUCUGGAGGAAAGCUCCGGCAUCACAUACCCAAACUACGCCGCCAUGAUCGCGACGUGCUACCACAUAUUCGCUGGCUGUCCAUCAGACGGCGGGAGCUACACUCUGGGGUUCGUGGAGGAAAUGCUUGGCAUCCGCCGCAGCAGAUACCACGCAGCAUCGCAAGAAAUUUACGUGAACUACUUUCAGCUUCUUCUUGAUGUGCCUAUUUUGCCCAGUGCCCACCUACGCCGAAUGCGGCUGACAUUUGUGUCGCUGCAGGGAAUGUUCCCUUUGAAUGGUAUGAGGAUUGGCCUGCGCAUAGAGAAUGAGGGCAAUGUAUUUCUCUUCAGUGAUCCCACCGCGUGGGAAGAGGAGAGGGACAACGCCACCCUGCAGCUAUCCCUCAACCCGAAGCCGUGCCUGUUUGGGGACUUUGCCAUAUCGUUGCUGCACUACGAGCCGCCAUCGCCCACAACCUCGGGGCAUCUGGAGUCUCCGUGGAAAGUAUGCGUGCUUGCCCGGUGGGCGUUCAGCACCAUAUUUGUCUCAGAGGAGAUCCACCACGUCCGCGCACGGGACAUGGACUUUGCCAUGCAGAGGCAAUUGCCGCGUGACUCCUACAUGCGGCUGCACUUUGUUGGGGGAGAAUCGGAGGCAGCGGACACCACGUACGUUGAACAGCUGACGCGGCGCAUCGAUCAGGCCCCUAGGCGGCAAAUGACGCUGAUGCGGCCUGGGCCCGUAUCGCCGCCGGACCGCCGCCACGACGCCUCCAGUUGCCGUGGGGACAACGAAGUUGCAGGCGGUGUGUACUACCGUGCCGACGGGAUGAGCCGUUAUGGCUCCCGCGGUCGCGGAGAAUGCGCUGAACGCUCAUUCCUGCGUGCAUUGUUGCCCCUCACUCUUCUGGAGGAGGGUGAGCGCUGCUGCCAAGACGAUGAUGAGCUGGCGCUCUCACUUAGCGUCCCGCAGCCGGCGCAUCACUACGACCCCUCGUCUAUUCCCACAAACCAGCCUGUUUCGCCGUCGUCAUCGCCUCCUCCGCGUACGCCACCUCCACCUCCCUCACAUGGGAAGAAGGCGCCACCUCCACCUCCACCGCCACCGCCUAAGAUAAUUGGCAGUGGUGCAUCCUUAGUUUCCUUGCCUGGAGAAGUGAACAUUGCACCUUCUAAACCCGUCUAUAUUGGACCUAAGCUAAAAACAUUUUUUUGGAAAAAAAUGCCGCGGUUAUCUGGGAUAUGGUGUUUUUCCAACGACUUUUCGGCAGAGACGAUUAUUGACGAGCCCUUUUUGCUGGCGAUGCUUGAGAUCCGUAAGAAAGCAUCACCCUUGUCAACUUCCAGCGGCGAGUCAAAGGAGCCCAAGAGAAAUGGUCUUUGCAAAAGCAGUGCUUUUAGUUUUCAGAGGAAACAGAACAUUGCCAUCGCACUCAAGCAGCUUAAAUUACCGGUGGAUGAGAUGUGUAGAGCCCUUAUUGAGUGCGAUGAGGUGGCGCUUCCGUUUGAAAAGUUGGAGUUGCUCUUGGGGGUCCUUCCGACGGUGGAGGAGAUGGAGAGACUCCGGAUGGAGAAGGUGUUAGGGAAUGUAUCCUGGACAGAUGUUGAGGAAUAUGUUUACAAGGUGUGUGUCACCGUGACUGACGCGCGUGAACGUAUUUCGCUUCUAUUAGCUUCUGAACAGACGGAGGAACUUGUUUCCUUCACAGAGAAACGAAUUGACAUGAUAGAGAAGGCUGUGAAUUUGCUGACGAGUAAGUCCUCAAAGCUUGCUGCUGUGCUUCACGCUGUUUUGGCCCUCGGCAAUUUUAUGAAUCGUGGCGGCGCCCAUGCAGACGCAGUCGGAUUCCGUCUGGAGAGCUUGAAUCAAAUGAACUUUGUAAAGGCCGUGGAUGGGAAGACGACCAUGUUGGAGGUUUUUGUUGUGUCGUUAAAGGACCGACGACCGGAUCUCCUGCAGUUUAUAGAGGAGUUGGAUUGCCUUGAUUCUCUUGCUGGCACAACGGUUCAGGAAGUGGGCCGGAGUGUGUCACAGCUGAGCUUCACGCUACAGAAGAUGCGGAGCGCCGUCGAGGAGUCCAAGCGGCCAGAGAUGAAAGAGAACCGUGCGGCGAUGUUUCCAGCGGGUCUGGUGGACCUUUUUCCAAAUCGAAUGGCGCUGCAUAUUCAGAAGCAUCUCGCUGUCGUCUCGGAGCUUGCCCUUCGUCAUCAGCGAUUGAAGGAGGAUGUCUCCGCAAUGCUAGAAGGCUAUGGCGAGGAUCCCAUGUUGGAUGAGAGUGUGCUCUGGAAUUACAUCUUGCAGUUUGGUAUGGACGUAGAGAACUUCUGCAAACGCGCGGAGAUGGAAGGGAUAGAUAAGCAAACUUUACUAAGGGCCGUGGGAGUAGACCCCAAUGCUCUUGGCGAAACGAGGUUAAAUGAUGGGAUGGCAGAAGAGGGUGGUGCAGCAAGAGGAGGUGAUGAUGGUCGAAGUGUUAGUGGCACGCUUCAAUGA